CUUGGUGAUAAUCGAAAUUUGUCUGCUAACAAGAAAGACUUAAUGAACAAGCCAGAUUUUAGUCUUAAAGGGCUUGAUAAAUCACCAAUUCUUGUGUCUUUGCCGAUCGAAGCAAAUCAGAUUGAGACCGAUGCAGACUAUCUGGUAGAUCCUUCGGAACCCAGAGUAUCGGAUGAAUCGGCUGCUGACAAAGAAGCUGCCUUUACAGAAGUUUCACAUGCCUCUUUAAGCUUUAAGUACUCCGGACCCGCAAUCACAACGAUUUCUGAAGCUGAUGCCAACGUGAACGUUAGCCCUAAUAGAUGCAUGGAUAGCAAUGAAGCCUGCAUCACCGGUAGACAGCCUAGCAACGCCAACGCCACAAGGAGAUCUGCCGUUAUGGACAAAACCACUCUUACCACAGCUAACAAGCUUGAGAACUCGAUAAAACCGCAAGUGGCACUGUCUGCCCCAGUUGAUACAAUGAGGUCAGUAAUUCGAUCGAGUGGAAGUAGAGCAACAAAGUCGGAUCGUGAAUCUAUCGGUCGAUUUGGAUCAGCCGGGCCUACAAAGCGUGUAGUGCCAGAGAAGCAACCGUUUAUUGAGCAUUCUGCCGGUUUAAGUCUUAUUCUCCUGUGCUCUGCUUUAAUACUCCUUUCUGUAUAA